CGCUACGAAUCACGCUCUCGGUCGUUCUAACACCUUCCACCGUCUUCACCAUGGAAACUAAAACCAAUUCAACAGCACCACAAUUUCCCUCUUCGUGGUGUUUAAUCAAACACUUCAUCUCCAUUCAUGUGAACGAAAGAAGCAAUUGAAGGAAUGUGGUAGCUGUUCAAAGGCAUAACAUCAUCAUCAUCUGAAGUUGAAUUCGAAGAAAAACUUUCAGCAGAUAUGCCCAGUCAAAAUUCUUCUUCAUUUCAAUCGAAUCAGACAAAGUCUUCGUCGCCUGAUUUCAAUUUGAGUUUAUCAGAAAGGGCGUUGGCCGCCGCUGGAGCCGCUUUUCUAUCUGCAGUUAUAGUAAAUCCUCUCGAUGUCGCAAAGACUAGAUUGCAGGCUCAGGCUGCUGGUGUUCCAUAUCAGAAUCUCCCCUCCACAUGUCGUUUUGAACCAAACACAGUAAUGUUACACGAUACAAAACGUUUCCCACAGUAUAAAGGCACUCUAGAUGUGUUCCAGAAAGUUAUUCAUGAGGAAGGAUUUUCCCGACUUUGGAGAGGCACAAACGCAAGUUUAGCAUUGGCAGUACCCACGGUGGGUAUCUACAUGCCUUGUUAUGAUAUAUUGAGAAACUAUAUGGAAGCAUAUACAUCACAAAAUGCUCCAAGUGUGACACCUUAUGUCCCCUUAGUUGCAGGCUCUGUUGCCCGUUCAUUGGCUUGUGUUACUUGUUACCCUGUUGAACUUGCAAGAACUCGUAUGCAGGCAUUUAAAGAUGCCCAACAUGGUACAAAGCUUCCUGGAGUGUGGAAGACGCUAGUUGGGGUUGUUUCUGCAGACACCAACACAAACCUACAUAGCUCAUUUCGUAGCUUUCGGUUCUUAUGGACGGGUCUCGGGGCACAACUAUCCCGUGAUGUUCCAUUUUCUGCGGUUUGCUGGGCUACCCUGGAACCAGUGAGGAGACGGAUACUAGGAAUGUGGGGGGGCCAUGAAAGUGGUGGUGUCGGUGUUGUUGUUGGUGCAAACUUUGCUGCUGGUUUUGUUGCUGGGGUCCUUGCGGGUGCCUCCACAUGUCCGUUAGAUGUUGCAAAGACUCGGCGUCAAAUAGAGAAGGAUAGAGUCCGAGCAUUGAGGAUGACGACAAGACAGACACUGGUGGAAAUAUGGAGGGAUGGAGGAAUGAAGGGACUUUUCACAGGAGUUGGUCCUCGUGUUGGACGCACAGGUCCUUCUGUUGGGAUUGUUGUGUCCUUUUAUGAACUUGUCAAGUAUGCUCUACACACCUACACAACACAACACUAGAAAACCAUGCCAUCUUUCCUCUGUAUUUCAACAUGUGUGUUUCUUGGAUAAUUUACUUACAUUCCAAAUGCCUGCCCAAAAUCAGACCCACCAUCUCUUGGGUUUCAUUGAUUCUAGUAAACUAUAAUCCUUCAUUGCUGAUUUGUUAAGGAGUAUAUAUGUAAAUAUGUUGAUGACAAUCCAUUAGAAUGGACGGAUUCAUGAAAAUAAACAAUUUCAUCUAUCUAUCUAUCUAGUAUAUAUUAUCAAAAAUGGAACCUA